CGACUGUGAGGAGCCAUCUUGUUAUGAUUGGCCCAUAUACUCAUAUCACCAGACUGUAACGUAGCAAUUGAGAAGAAGAAAUCUCCCGUGCCAUGUUACCCCGACUCAUCCUUGUUAGAAGAAGUUGUUAGUGGUUGAUUGAGAGUCGAGCGAGUAUCUGGCAAUUCCGAAGCCGACCUAAUCCACUGCGAGGAGGUUUCAAGAGGUUGUACAGAGUAGGGCCAUGUAUUUCUCAAUCUUCCAGAGGGAAAACCUUUUCUAUAAGAGGCAACUAGUCCACAGCUUCAGAUUCACAUCACAGCAACAAAGUGCCUCAGCCACCAUCAUUUGCACUCUAGUCACUCAUUGCUUUCCAGUCAUUCGUUUUCAUUCACUAUCAUCCAUUCAUUCUUUGACAAAUCGCAUUUGUUACUUCCUUACAAUUAAUUUACCUUCCUGCUGAUGUAGCAAACGACCAUGUUGUUCUCAACAUGUCAUGUGGCCACGCUACGGGUUAUUAGCAUUUUGAUGUCUACAAGCCUGGCCGCGGCCAUGGUAGGAAACAGACUCGGAGCCAGCCCAUACUAUCUCAACGCCGCUGCAGCUUGUCCGGAGCGGUGCAGUGUCUCCGGGCCUGAGCCAGGUAACUGGUCUGUGUACACAGAUCUGGGACAGCUCAGGACUUGCCAGGAAACCAUGUUCUAUGCCUUCUCCAUUUUCGAUCCAGUCGAUGAACAUUCGACUACCCAUCGCAUCCAUGCCUGCACAUCAUUUGGCCCAGACUUUUCCCAGCUUCCAAACUCCACGACCCUCCAAUCUUCUUCCUCUCCCGUCAGUACCAGCUAUGAGAUUGGCUGGUGGAACGAGGGUUUUGGACUGGCUGCCUCCGGAAUCCGUUCCAUCACCAGGCAAGCUCGUCGCUACCUUACCCAUGGACACGGGGCAACUGAUAGGCCUACUAUCAUGUUUGCUCAGUCUGGACAGGCCACUAUUGGUCUUUACAUUGGACAAGGCCUCGAAUCUCGACUCAUUGGCUCUUCUGCACUCAAGAUCUUCGAAGACAACCUUACCAACUUGAACGUCACAGCACCUACCUUGGCGAUGCAACUCUGUGGGCCAGAUUCUGGCAGCACGCAUUCUUUUGGUCUGAUGGUGACAAGCAAUGGAACAUUUGACUCCCUCCAGAACGCUGUUCAGUCGUGGGCCAAUGGAACCUGUCUGUCUUUUUCAAGCUCUACCAACAUGACUGGCCAGGUCCUGUAUAACACGCCACUGGAGGUGUUGGCAGACGUCAAGAACUCAACCAGGUUGUCCAAGCAUGUAGCUAGGCAUGCCAGGCGCCAUCAACAUCUCCAUGUUCGUGCCGAGUGCAAAACUACCAAGGUCGAGGCCGGGGAUAGUUGCGCUAAACUGGCAACAAGAUGUGGCAUCUCGGCCAGUGACUUUACCAAGUACAACCCGGGGUCCAAGUUCUGUGCUGAGCUGGUGCCUAAGCAACAUGUGUGCUGCUCAAAGGGAGAGCUUCCUGACCUCCGACCCUCCAAGAACUCCGAUGGUUCUUGCCAUGCCUACAAGGUUCAAGAAAACGACAACUGUGCCAGCAUUGCUAUCGAGAAUGGCCUUCAGAUGGAGGACCUCGAGAAGUUCAACAAGAAGACUUGGGGCUGGGCCGGUUGCAAGCGACUCUUCUACAAGACUGUCAUGUGCUUGAGUGAGGGAACUCCCCCGUUCCCUGAUACAAUCGCCAACGCCCAGUGCGGUCCCCAAAAGCCAGGCACCAAGAAGACUGGGGACACCACCGAUAUCUCAGAUCUCAACCCGUGCCCUCUCAAUGCUUGCUGCAACAUCUGGGGUCAGUGUGGUAUCACGAAAGAGUUUUGUACUGAUACCAACACUGGUGCGCCUGGAACUGCCAAAGAGAACACCAACGGUUGCAUCUCGAACUGCGGUACAAAGAUCGUCAAGAGCGGCGGCGAUAGCUCAAUCCGCAUUGGCUACUUUCAGGGCUAUGGCAUGAGCCGAGACUGUCUUUAUCAAGAUGCCUCUCAGGUCGAUACAUCGAAGUAUACGCACUUGCAUUUUGCAUUUGGUACUCUGACGAAGGAAUAUGAUGUUAAAGUGGGCGACAAGCUUUCUCAGUAUCAGUUCAAGUCAUUUACGAUGCUCAGAGACGUCAAGAAGAUACUGUCCUUCGGUGGCUGGGACUUUUCCGCCAAUUCUGCUACCUAUUCCAUCUUCCGCGAGGGUGUUAAGCCUGCCAACCGCCUCAAGAUGGCCACCAAGGUCGCCAAGUUCAUUACAGAUAACGAUCUCGAUGGUGUCGAUAUUGACUGGGAAUAUCCUGGGGCGCCUGACAUCCCUGGUAUCCCGCCAGCUGAGAAAGACGAGGGUAAGAACUAUCUCGCCUUUCUUGUUGUGUUGAAGAACCUCUUGAAAGGCAAGUCGGUAUCUAUCGCCGCUCCCUCUUCUUAUUGGUACCUCAAACAGUAUCCUAUCAAGGACAUUAGCAAGGUUAUAGACUAUAUCGUCUACAUGACAUAUGAUCUUCACGGCCAGUGGGACACAGAGAACUCUUUCUCUCAAGAAGGGUGCGCACAUGGCAACUGUCUUCGCAGCCAAGUUAACCUCACUGAGACACAAUAUUCUUUGGCGAUGAUUACCAAGGCCGGCGUCCCAAGCCACAAGGUCAUUGUUGGUGUCACCAGCUAUGGGCGGUCGUUCAAGAUGGCCGAAGCUGGUUGCUACGGACCGGAUUGCUUCUAUACUGGAAACAAGUUGGAGUCCGGUGCCAAGAAGGGCAAAUGCACCGGUACAGCUGGUUACAUUGCCGAUGCGGAGAUCGAUGAGAUCCUCAAGGAUAAGAGCCGCGUUGUCAAACACUAUGUUGACACAACAAGCCACAGCGACGUUCUCAUCUAUGAUGACACUGAAUGGGUGUCAUACAUGAGUCCCAGCAUCAAGUUGGCCCGUCAGGCCAUGUACAGUGCGUUUGGUAUGGGUGGCACUACUGACUGGGCGGUCGACUUGCAGACAUAUAACGAUGUACCAAAGCCCGCCAAGUCUUGGGCCAUCUUCAAAGAGGACGUCGUGACCGGGUAUGAUCCUAAGUUGGACCAUACUCGAACUGGCAACUGGACAGAAUAUGACUGCAGAAGCAAAUUCAUCCGCGACAUCAAGGCCUACACACCAAGUCAGCGGUGGAAGGGUGUGAUGGCAGAUGAUGCAUGGAAAGAUGUCAUCCGGAUCUGGAAAGACUUGGAUGAGCCGAGAGACUUUACAUUCUCACAAUCAGUUUCCAUGAGUCUCCAAGUUAAUACAGAACCAUGGUGCCAGCAACUCACCAACUGCAAAAAGCCAGCCGAGUGUGAGAAUGCGUUCAAUGAUGAUCUGUCUGGGCCCGCUGCACAAUUCAUCUGGAACUCCUUAGUGAAAGUCCACCAAAUGUACACUGACUUCCAUGAUGAGCUGUACAAAGCGGCUUCGGUCAUUAGUUUCUCGCUUGAUGACUUUGGCAACAAGUUUGCCCCUGUGCCAGAGGAAAAAGACGAUACAUGGCUCUUGGUUCUGAUUGAUCUUCUUACGUUCGGUACUGCUACGCUUGCUGGGCCCUUUUUCAACUCGUACCUCAGGAAGCUCCCCUACUUUAUUAACAACCCCUCAGCUUAUGAUAAUGCUAAAGACACUACCAUGACUGCUAUUGGACAAAGUACAACUCUAGCCAAGGAUUUGUUACAUAACGAAGCUUCCAACUGGACCGUACACCGGCAAGAUUCUUUCAAGAAUUACAUGGGCCAAGUGAUCGACGGCUGGGGAAAUGUAACUUCCCUUGCAUUAGACAAGAUUUUUAACGGACGUCCAGACUCAAUCGAUCUGCUGUGGGACAUGAUUUCAGAUGGAAAGAUGAUUGAAGGUGGCGUUGGAGUCAACGUCGACACGCCUCAGGUCGACCUCAAAGACAGCAUUGCCAAGUCUUUCUACGGUUUCACCAUCCCGACACUCUGGAGAGUUUCUGACACGUAUGCUUUUGUUCUCGACUCCGGUUAUAACUGCAACGAAGAGUACCCUCUCGAAGACUAUUUGGAUAAAGAUACCAUGGAUGCCACGAGCGCGUGCUAUGACGGAAGGCGCUACUAUUUGGUUCACCCCAAAGGUGACUCGGAGGAUUGCCAUUGUGUGUACAUCCAUACCAAGUGUGAAAGGGUUUGCAACAAGAGCAAGUUUAGUGCGCCGCCCGGUCUGGAUUCCUUGGACGGUAAGCUGUUUGGAGGAAUCACGACCUCGGACCUCAUCAAAGGCUCCGUCCGUACCUACGUGAAGAACGGAAAGAAGAACACGGCAGAUAGCCUGGACCCAAGCUCUGGCGACCUUGACGCCGAGGACCUUCUGAAAGUCGACAUCACUACACCUGGCAUCGUACGCCUCCCAGUAUGCAGCCCCGAACGCGCAUAUCAGUCAUGGGAUACGACCUCCAAGGGCUCUAGCCCCUUCUACCCAUGCGACAUACCCCCGGGCAAGAAGGUGUGCGAGGAGUCGAGCUUCAAGGACGAGACGAGCGACAAAUCUCCCUUGGUCGACGACUGUAAGUCCAUCAUCAAGAACAUCGAAGGAGAUGGCGGCACCAAGUGGACGACGCAGGUUCUUGGCAAGAAUCAGCGCAAGAUCGCAUCUGCUGGUACUUGCGCCUUUGGGGUUGAGGCUACCAAGGAGGACGGAAACGCCAACUUUGCUUUCGGUGGACAGGACCUCAUCGACAUCAUCAACACGGCUGUUGAUGAGUACAGCAAGAGUGGGAAGAUUGGUGCCACGGGUGACUUGCACUGCAGCGGCAAUAUCAAGAAGCAGCCUGUCCACUGGGCUAUCUACCAUACCUAAGUAGCUUACUAUGUGUUGAGUUAGUCAGCGUUGGUAGUUAGGACAGUAUGGGCGACCAGUCGUGAGGCUUGUGUCGCUUGUAGUGUUUUGUUGCAUACAUGGCUGCCUCAAAACCUAAUGACCUUUCACCAUCCACUGUAAUAAUUUAGACCCUUCACUGGCGAUCGCUCUGUUUCAUCGUAUAGUAUUGUGACUUCUCUGCAUCCUGAAUUUGGUUGCUCGAAAGGACGUAUUAAUUUAAGCAGUAAGUACACUGUGGGACCU